CCUCCUCCUCCUCAUCUCCCAUUUCCCUCCUUCCUCUCAUUGCCGCACAUCCUCUCGCUUCCUCCGCCGGGCGUCAAACAGGCUGCAGGAUGUCCAUCGUGAAUAUUGUUGCCAGGGAGAUCUUGGACUCCAGGGGAAACCCAACAGUGGAAGUUGAUCUUCGUACCGAUAAAGGUCUUUUCCGAGCCGCUGUGCCGAGCGGCGCCUCCACCGGAAUAUACGAGGCUCUGGAACUCCGAGAUGGAGACAAGACUCGCUACAAGGGCAAAGGCGUAACCAAAGCUGUCGGUCACAUUAAUGACACCCUUGGACCUGCCCUCAUCCAGUCAGGGAUCAGUGUGCUGGAGCAGGAGAAACUGGACAACCUGAUGAUCGAAAUGGAUGGCACCGACAACAAAUCUAAGUUUGGCGCCAACGCUAUUCUGGGUGUCUCGCUGGCCGUAUGCAAAGCGGGCGCGGCGGAGAAGGACGUCCAGCUGUACCGUCACAUCGCCGAUCUGGCGGGAAACCAAGACCUGGUUCUCCCGGUCCCUGCUUUUAACGUGAUCAACGGGGGCUCUCAUGCCGGGAAUAGGCUGGCCAUGCAGGAGUUCAUGGUACUCCCCGUCGGGGCGGAGUCAUUCCGCGAGGCCCUGCGUGUGGGGGCGGAGCUGUACCAGACGCUGAGGGGCGUGAUCAAAGAGAAGUACGGUCAGGAUGCUACCAACGUGGGAGACGAGGGGGGGUUCGCACCCAACAUUCAGGAGAACAGUGAAGCUUUGGAGCUGAUCAAGACGGCCAUCGAGAAGGCAGGCUUCACUGACAAAGUGGUGAUCGGGAUGGACGUGGCCGCCUCCGAGUUCUUCAUGGAGGGCAAGUACGACCUGGAUUUCAAGUCCCCGCCCAACGCCGCUCGCAACAUCAGCGGCGAGGAGCUGGCAGGCAUCUACCAAGGCUUCAUCAACAACUACCCAGUUGUUUCCAUUGAGGACCCCUUCGACCAGGAUGACUGGCCAGCUUGGACUCAAUUCACGGCCUCAGUGGGCAUUCAGGUGGUUGGGGAUGAUCUGACCGUCACCAACCCACGUCGGAUCCAACGCGCCGUGGAGGACAAAGCCUGCAACUGCCUGCUGCUGAAAGUCAACCAGAUCGGCUCCAUCACGGAGGCCAUUAAAGCCUGUAAGCUGGCCCAGGAGAACGGCUGGGGCGUGAUGGUGAGCCACCGCUCGGGCGAGACCGAGGACACCUUCAUCGCCGACCUGGUGGUGGGUCUCUGCACCGGACAGAUUAAAACCGGAGCCCCCUGUCGCUCCGAACGUUUGGCCAAAUACAAUCAGCUCAUGAGGAUUGAGGAAGAGUUAGGCGAGCAAGCUCGCUUUGCCGGGCACAACUUUCGCAAUCCCAGUGCGCUCUGAGCACCCGGCGGUGACGUCGGCAUGCGGUCAUUGUGCCACAUGCACCGGAAAUGCUCCGUUGCGCUACCACAAGCUUUUGUUAUGAUGCGGCCGAGUUCACUGAUUGGUGCGGGCGUCUCCCUGCUGCGCUGACUUGCCAUCACUGCAUUCCGUCAACUGUGAAUGAUUUUUGUCCUUUAGUGUGCUCUUGUCGUCUUCCCUGACUUUCCUACUGUGAAUACGAAGCAGCUUUAAAUCAAGUGAUGUGUGUGACUAAUUGUGGCAAAUAAAAAGAUGGGUACAAUGUGA